AUGCGCAUUCAAACCACCACCGCGGCCUUCUCGCUGCUGUUGAGUGUCGGGUUUUCGUCCCCCGCUGCAGCUGAGACCUGCGAGGUAACGACGACAGUCACUCAUUCAACCAUCACAUCGACAAAGACCCUCCCUCCCAAGACUUACACGGGAGUGCCUCCGCCCCCGCCGAAUGAGAAGAUUGUUUCUGUUGUGGUUAUUGAAUGCCACGUGUGCAAGCAGUCCGCUGAGCACGCCUCCGGCAACGGCUCUCCUCCCGGUCUCCCUCCCAGCUCAGGAACAGGCUGCCCCGGCGGCUGCCCGGGUUCUGCCCCUGGCUCGAAUACCGGCUCUGGCUCGAACACCGGGUCGGGCUCAGGCAAUGGUUCAAACAAUGGUUCAGGCUCUGGCUCUGGCAAUGGUUCGGGCAACGCUGCUGCACCUGGCUCUGGCAGCGGUUCAAGCUCUGGCUCUGGAAAUGGCUCUGGCAGUGGCUCUGGCAGUGGCUCUGGCAGCGCCGGUGCUCCUGGCUCUGGCUCUGGCUCCUCUGGCGUCCCUCAACCCGGUGCUGGCUCAUCUUCUCCCUCGACUUCCCGCCCGACUGGAGCGCCUUCCGUCAUCACCGGCAGCGCCGCACGCUUCCAACCAACGGGCAUCUACAUACUGCCCCUGGUGUUGGCUCUCUCCACCAUCUUCUUUACCUUCUAG